AUGAAAGUGUUUUCAAAAAAUAGAAGAAGUGUCCCAGAGACAAGGAAGAAAUAUGGUAAGCCAGAAACGAAGAAGGAAGCACUAGAAAGACUUAAAAAAGAAAGAGAGUCUAGGGAGGCAAGAGCAACCAUGAUAAGGGAAAUUCAGUCUAGAAACAAGGAUGAGUUUUAUUUUUCGUUUUAUUCUCUGGACAAGAAUAUGAUCAAAAGGACAGUUAUUACUCAAGAUGAAUUAACAAAGAUACUCAAGUACAUAGACAGCGAAAUCUUACGGUGUGAGAGAAUUUUGGAAGAUAUGGUCAGACCAAAAUCGAGGAAUAUGCACAUAAAAUUUACUGGAGACAAAGCGAUUGCAGAGAUUAAUGAGGAUCCAAUGGUUAUUUCCACAGGUGGUGAAUAUGAAAAAUACAUUCAAAACCUUAUAGAAAAACGAAAGGAGGUUGUCGAAAAAUUGAGAAAAUUGAAAAACAACUAA